AUUUCCGGUGCGACCGCCUGCUUGUGUAAGUGAUGCACUUCCGGUGCGACGGUCCAUUUUCCGCUUGCAGCGUUGUGAAUACGUUUGUGACGUUAGUUUUGGUCGAUAUUUCGUUUGUUUGAGUUUUAAGUAAAAGCCCACAGACGCUCAGGAGAGAUGUCUUUAGCAGACGAACUCCUGGCUGAUUUGGAGGAGGCCAGAGAUGAAGGAGAAGACGAACUGUAUCCGGGCGGAGAAGAGCAGAGCGACGGAGAAACCGCGAACCGAGAGGGACAUGGAGGACUGGAGGACAUUCCCGAAGAGAUGGAGACGGACUUCAGCAGCACAGAGAGCGUGACCUCUAUAGCGAAACUGCGCAACAGCAAAUCUUUUUCCGAGAUCAUGGAGCAGAUCGUGCAGUAUGCAGAGAAUCCACGUAAAAACGCAGACGUUUCGGGUCCAGUGGAGGCCGAUCCCGAGUACCGGCUCAUCGUCGCGGCCAACAACCUCACGGUGGAGAUCGAUAAUGAGCUGAAUAUUAUUCACAAGUUUGUGCGUGAUAAAUACUCGAAGAGAUUCCCGGAGCUUGAGUCGCUGGUGCCCAACACGCUGGAUUACAUCAGGACCGUCAAGGAGCUCGGCAACAACCUGGACAAAUGUAAGAACAAUGAAACACUGCAGCAGAUUCUGACCAAUGCCACCAUCAUGGUGGUCAGCGUUACCGCCUCGACCACGCAGGGCGUGCUCCUGGCAGAGGACGAGCUCCAGCGGUUGGAGGAAGCCUGCGACAUGGCGCUCGAGCUCAACCAAUCCAAACACCGCAUCUACGAGUACGUCGAGUCCAGGAUGUCCUUCAUCGCUCCCAACCUGUCCAUCAUCGUCGGAGCCUCGACGGCCGCCAAACUCAUGGGAAUCGCAGGAGGUCUGACUAACCUGUCUAAGAUGCCUGCGUGUAACCUGAUGCUGCUGGGAUCACAGAAGAGAACUCUGUCCGGCUUCAGCAGCACCACGCUGCUCCCUCACACGGGCUACAUCUACCACUGCGACGUCGUCCAGUCCCUGCCUCCGGAUCUAAGGAGGAAGGCAGCGCGCCAAGUCUCGGCCAAGUGCACACUGGCAGCCCGUGUGGACAGUUUCCACGAGAGCGCAGACGGCAAGGUCGGUUACGACCUGAAGGAGGAAAUCGAGCGCAAAUUCGACAAGUGGCAGGAGCCGCCGCCCGUCAAACAGGUGAAGCCCCUCCCCGCCCCUCUCGACGCUUCGAGGACCAAGCGAGGAGGCCGAAGGUAUCGUAAGAUGAAGGAGCGGUUGGGACUCACGGAGAUCCGAAAGCACGCAAACAGAAUGACGUUCGCCGAGAUCGAAGACGAUGCGUAUCAGGAGGAUCUGGGCUUCAGCUUGGGGCAGCUGGGCAAAUCGGGCAGCGGCAGGGUGAGACAGGCGCAGGUCAACGACGCCACCAAAGCUCGCAUCUCCAAAUCCCUGCAGCGGACGUUGCAGAAACAGAGCAUGACGUACGGAGGGAAGUCCACCGUCAGAGACAGGUCUUCAGGAACGAGCUCCAGUGUGGCAUUCACUCCAUUACAGGGUCUGGAGAUCGUCAAUCCUCAGGCCGCGGAGAAGAAGGUGGCCGAAGCCAACCAGAAAUAUUUCUCCAACAUGGCCGAGUUCCUCAAAGUCAAGAAAGAGGGAGGAGCCAAAGCGUGAGAACGAAACGCACACACCAUCGCGCUGGAUAAGGACUUUUCACGUGUGUGUGUGUGUAAGAGAGAAGUUUUUCUGUUGUAUAUUGUUGUCUCCCCCCCUCCCCCCACCCCCUUUAAUGACUUGACAGGAAAAUGUACAGAUUUCUUUUGCGACAUGUUUUUUCCUUUAUUUUAAUAAACGCGUCUUCGCAAAUAAAA